GAUAUAGAGAAAGAAAGCAGUGUUACUUCGUUUCGGCUCCAAACUUUAUUUCCCCCCGAUCGCUCAAGUUAGUAUGGCUAUCACGAUUGGCGUCGCGGGCAUUACGGGCAAGUUCGCCCGUCUGAUUGUUAAAAGCCUUUUCAAUUCCCCAGAUGUUCAGAUUCGAGGCCUUUGCCGCAACGCUUCCAAGCUACCUGAGAGUUUCCGAGAUUUUCCCCGGGUUACCAUCAUCCAAGGGGAUUCAACUGAUUUAGACACUCUGCGCCGCUUUACACGCGGUUGUGAUGUGGUCAUCUGCUGCUAUCUGGGUGAUAAUGAUUUCAUGACCAAUGGCCAAAAGCUUCUUGUCGAUGCCUGCGACCUGGAGAACGUCAGUCGCUACAUUGCAAGUGAUUACUGUCUGGACUUCACGAAGCUAGAGCUCGGCCAGCAUCCGGCGAAAGACCCCAUGAAGCUCGUGAAGGCACACUUGGAAACAAAGAAUAAUGUUCAGGGCGUGCAUGUUCUUAUUGGCGCGUUCAUGGAGACUUUCUGGAGUGGUUAUUUCGGCGUCUGGGAUCCAGAGACAUGCAAACUCAAUUACUAUGGUGAUGGGGAUGAGUUGUGGGAGGCAACUACAUAUGAAACUGCGGCUCAGUAUGUAGCAGCGGUAGCAAAGGACCAAAACGCUGUCGGCAUGCAGCACUUCCUCGGCGAUCGCCGAACCAUCCGUGACAUUGCCCAAGACUUUGCCGAUGUCUACGGGAAGAAACCUCAGCUCGAGCGCCUUGGUUCUCUGGAUGAUCUCUACAGCAAAAUGCAGACGGUUUACCAGAAGAAUCCAUCGAAUAUCUACGCCUAUAUUGCUAUGUUCUACCAGUAUUACUGCACCAACGGUCAGACCUAUCUGAAAAAGGAAUUGGAUAACUCUAGAUAUCCAGAAAUUAGUCCGGUUACCUUCAAAGGGUUCCUUAACGCACAUAAGAUGAGAGAUCUUGCCGAUGCUUAUCAAAAUGCAGGAUCUGAUGUCUAG